UACAGGGAGUUUGACUCUAGUCUGCAAAGCACGAGCAGCGCUUGGCCAGAACAACAAACGCGCAUUUUGUGGAAAGAAGAGAGACAAGGUAGAGCAGGAAAGAGUUAUUUAAAACUAAACUUCUAUCCACGGACUCAAUUGUCAAAGUUUGGACGUCAGCAGAGAACACUCAGCAAGGGCGAAAGAAGACGUCGCAUCUAGUUUUUGUUUCAGAGCAGACUUUUACAGAGCAGCUGUUCCUGACAUUACAUCUCACCUUACACGUAUGAGAGAAACCGAUGGAGGGGGAGAAGAUCUGCUCACUAUUAUGAGUUCCUAGGAUGCUCGACCUGCCAGUACAGUAUGGUUUUCUAAGGGUUCCAGAAGCUGAAGACAGGGUGUCAGUGACUGAGCUGCUGACUCCACUGAGCUGCCACCAUGGCCCUGGUUCAGGCUCUGCCCAUCGCCAGUGACCACCAAAACCCAGGUCUCAGCGGAGGGGCCCGCAGGCGACACCCAUCAACCUCCCCUCCACCCGCAGGUGCGUCAUCCUCCGCUCUGGAUCCUAUGGGCUCGGUCAGCAGCAUCAUCGCCACUCGCCCUGGUGCUUAUCACGAGCACCGCACAGGUGUUGAGCAGGGCACCAAGGUGCGACGGCACACUCCAGGUGCAUCCAGCCUGGGCCGUGACUCACCCCAGGACUCUUUCCCGCAGAGCCACACCACACCAGUCAAGAAGCAGAUCUCCACGUCAUACAGCAGGGGGCUGGAGAAACGGUGUGGGAACAGAGAAUAUACGUAUUUGAAUCAAGACUAUAUCGAGGAUUGGCCUGACAACCACGCAACACCUACCAGCCCGAUAACGGAUGUAAAUGAGACGAGAGGAGGACUGGGGCUGAACGUGAACAUGGACGGACCGCCACCUAAAUUGGUCCCUGUGUCUGGAAAACUUGAAGAGAAUAUGGAGAAAACAGUGCUGAGGCCCACUGCCUUCAAACCUGUCAUUCCCAAGAACCGCAACUCCAUGCAGUACCUCUCCCCACGCCAUGGUGCCACUAUAUCAGAAAGCCAAAACAAUCUGAACUUAAGCCCCGCCCAAAAGGAGGUGUCACCCUCCUGCUUAGAGAAACGCAGCUCCUAUGGCAGUAGUCGUACCGGUGGCGGCAGCAGCCAGUCCUGCGCGCUCUCUGACUCUGGCCGGAACUCUCUCGCCAGCCUGCCGCCUUACAGCAACACUGGCUACAGUCUGGUGUCCGGAGAGCCCUCUUGUGGUCACGUGGAGCCAGUGAAGAGUGCGCCACCGGUCAGCGGACAUGGACACUCCAACUCAGACAGCGGGCGCUCUUCUUCUAGUAAGAGCACAGGCUCUGGGUCGAUGGGUGGUAGGGGUCAGCACCACUCGGACACUGGGUCCAGUGGGCGCUCCCCCGCUGCUGAGGGCUAUGAGGGGGUGGUGAGGGACCUGGAGGACAAGCUGAGGGAGCGAGAAACGGAGCUGCAGCAACUCAGAGACAACCUGGAUGAGAAUGAAGCUGCUAUUUGUCAGGUUUACGAGGAGAAGCAGAAGCGCUGUGAGCUGGAGCUGGAGGAGCUGAGGCAGAGCUGUGCCACCAGGAUGCAGACGGCCUCACAGAAAGCCCAGCGUGCCCAGCAGGUCCUCCAGCUGCAGGUUUAUCAGCUCCAGCAAGAGAAGAAAAAGUUGCAGGAGGACUUUGCUCAGCUGUUAAAGGAGAGGGAGCAGCUGGAGGAACGCUGCACCUCCUAUGAGCACGAAAAGAUUCAGCUGGGGCCUCGCCUGGAGGAGACUAAGUGGGAGGUGUGUCAAAAGUCUGGUGAAAUCUCCUUGCUGAAGCAACAGUUGAAAGAAAUCCAGGGAGAGCUAGCACAGCGCGUGGGAGAGAUCGUUUCACUGCGAGGUCAACUCCGAGAGACCCGCGGCGAGCUGACAAACACACAGGUCCUGCUCCAGGAGGCCCACGGGAUGAACCGUACACGCACCCUGGAGCUGGAAGUGUGCGAGAAUGAACUCCAGCGUCGCAAGAGUGAAGCAGAACUCCUCCGAGAGAAGGUGGGACGGCUCGAGGGAGAGCUGGCUCACCUCAGAGACAUGUUGACCAGUCAGGGCCCUGGAGUCCGACAGUGUCAGGUGUUCCACGAAGCAGAGGAGCACCUGCUCGCCUACGAGAGUGACGAGGCAAAAGCCCAGCGGCAGAGCAGCAGCGAGCUCCUGCAGAACAUGAAGCUGCAGAUGGACAGGUUGACGACCGACUUGGCCUCGGAGCGUCAGAGGGCUAAGGAGCAAGCGGGGAGCUUUGAGGAGGAGCGCCGAGUGUGGCAGGAGGAGAAGAACAAGGUCAUCUCCUACCAGAAACAGCUGCAACAGAACUACGUGCAAAUGUAUCGCAAAAACCGGGAACUGGAGCAGCUCCUGCAGGAGCUCAGCCAGGAGGAGGACGAGGGCAGCGGCAACGAGAUCAACUUUGACGAGAUCGCUGCCACUGAAAUUUGACCCUCCCAUCUUGCCGUCUCUGGACGUGCAACACUGUCAUCUGUCCAUUUUAAAUAAGCAGGUUAGUUGCCACAUGUAUAACAAUCACCCUCCGUGCAGUUUCAAGUCAGCCGCCGUGUUUCGUAGUCGCAGUAAAAUCAGUGGAUCGUCUCCUGUCAAAUCACUGUUUGCACUUGGGCUCAGCUCCUGGUCCGUCUCUGUGUGGGAGGCAUAUGACGAACUUCAUUUUAACCUUCCGGCGGCGUCCUGCUGUGCGGCCUAUGACCGGCUCUCUGCUGGGUUUGUCACUGCACACCCACUCUGUGGGAACACUCGGCGCUUCCGCUGGCGUCUGUAAAUGUGGGAAACCGCUCAAUCACUCUGAGAGCGGCUGAGUCACAGCAGAGUGUGACUCCAUUAAAGUGGGAUGUGGGAAAAAAAAAUCACAUUCCUGAUGUUAGAGCGCCACCAUGUGAGCUUUAGUGUUACUCCACCAUAACCAUAGAGGGUUCCGUUUCAUCAGUCGUCGUGUCUGGUCACAACGUCCUGAUGAAAGUAAGACAAAACAGUUACACUGUGGGGUAGAUUAUCGUAAAGAUACUGGAAGCUGUAUUUUCACAGCACACCUGCAACAGAACUUAACACGUUACAAACAGAUCACAGAACGCAAACCAUCUCCAUCACCAGUCAAACUAAGUCAGUGAUAAACACGACCAUUGUCCCGAAUAAAAUGGCUGUUUGACACAUCAAUACACACACACACACACACAAAAAAUACUUUGGUGUAGUCUUUUUCAAAUUUUUAAAUUAACAGAUGUAAAAACAAUGAUGGAGUGUAAACAUCUCUGCUUUUAGCAGUGACGUGUAAAGUGUCACUGACGCUGCAUAGCGAAUAAUUUUGCUUGGUUUUUGGCCAAUACUGUGGCAAAAAUGAGUAAACUCAUUUAGGUAUUUUUGCAAAUCACUUUGUGUGUCUGAAAUGACAGCAAAAGUCUAAUAAAUCAUGUUUGAUGAGCUUGAAUCGCUCUCACGGUGGAUCUUGUGAUUAAUCACAGUCAGAGUGACAAAUUAAGACUUUGGUGUCUGUGUUUUUGUGCAGCUGUCUGUGUUUUUGUGUUCAGCAAGAAAUUGUGCACUGGUGUUUGUGAUGGUGAUGGUCAAGUGUUGUUUUUGGUUUCACACGUACAGUUCUAAGGUACCAAUGGAACUGAGCAACAGUGUUGCUUCUGUUACUUGUGAAUAAAAAAAAAACCCUUUGUCACUGUAAACAUUCCCUGAUUUAAAAAAAAAAAAGCCACUGUGAAUAGACCAAAGCAAUGUCUCAUUUUGUUUUCCUUCCUGCAGUACUUGUAUGUGUAAAUGUUUGCUCCCAGUAUAAUUUUAUAAUCAACAAUACUUGUAUAAAAAACAUUAAAUGUAUAUUUUCAUGCUGUACAUUUCUUGAAUGAACCAAUUAUGUUUUGAAUAAAAGAUAAAAUC